AUGUUUGAAUAAUUGACAUCUACCCUUACGACGAGGCCAUUAACCUUUGCGAAGUUUUCAUUUCAGAAGGCCGAAUUAGAAUAAGACGAAUAAUUAAGACCCAUUGUGGGUGGAAUUUAUUAGAAUCAGAAACAAGGCUCAAUGCUAACCAGCGAACUUUGGUCCAAAAAGCAAUUUCGAUAAUAUUUGAAGUAAACCAACACAUACACAGCCAAGGGAGUUCUGAAAAGAUUCGCUCAUUGGGAGUGGGAUUAGAAUUCUAAUAAGGAUAGAUUUAAGAACCUCACUGAUAAGGUCAAAUAAACGAUUUACACCAAUGAGAAUGAAUUGGUGACCAAGUUGCAGUUGGGCACUAGUGAAGGGGAGAAGAAAUUGAGAUAGAAAAUACUGAGAGAUUGGAGAGUCUAAAAGAGUUAUGAUAUCCAAAAGAAAUUAGAGAAGUACAAAGAUUCACAGCUUUUAAAAUAAAGAGGAACCAAAUAUAACCAAUCAAAUUAAUCAUUUGAACAAUAAUCGUUAAGACAAUUAUCAAAAAAUAAUCAAUUAAUUCAUAUUAUUACAGAACUUUCGGAAUUGCAGGAAGAUACAAAGAAAGAUAAAAAGAAAUUAGAUAUGGUGACAUAAUAAAAGAGAAAUACUAAUCGUUUAUAAAAGAUAAAUUUUGAUUAAUUUUUGUAAGACUGA